CAAAGCGGGGAGAUUCUGAUCAAUGGUCACAAACAGAAACUUUCUUAUGGAACAUCUGCAUACGUGACUCAAGAUGAAACUCUAUUAGCAACACUAACUGUUAAAGAAGCUGUUUACUACUCUGCACAACUCCAACUGCCAAAUUCCAUGACAAAAUCAGAGAAAAGACAAAUAGCGGAGCAGACUAUAAAGGAGAUGGGGUUGCAAGAUGCAAUGAACACAAGAAUUGGAGGAUUUGGUAAUAAAGGAAUUAGCGGAGGAGAAAAAAGGAGACUUAGUGUUUGCAUGGAGAUUCUAACGCGGCCAAAACUUCUCUUCCUCGAUGAACCAACCAGCGGCCUUGACAGUGCUGCAUCUUAUUAUGUGAUGAGCGGAAUUUCACGCCAAAGAGAAGGAAGAACCAUUAUUGCAUCUAUUCAUCAGCCAAGUGCUGAAGUUUUCAACCUCUUCCACAAUUUAUGCCUUUUGUCUUCAGGAAGAACCGUAUAUUUUGGACCUGCUAGUGCAGCAAUUGAGUUUUUUGCAAGAAAUGGUUUCCCUUGCCCACGUCUUCAGAAUCCAUCAGAUCAUUUCCUUAAAACAAUAAACAAGGACUUUGAUGAGGAUAUUGAACAAGGCUCAGCAGGAGGAAAACCUACAGAAGAAGUGAUAGACCUUCUCAUAAAUUCAUAUAAAUCAUCCGAGAGAUAUCAUGAAGUUCAGAACCAGGUUGCAGAAAUAUGUCAUCAGGGUGGUGAAAUGUUGGAAAAAAGAAGUCAUGCCAACUUCACUACGCAAAGCCUUGUUCUGACGCGGAGGUCAUGUGUGAACAUGUCUCGUGAUCCUGGCUACUACUGGAUGAGAUUCACUGUUUAUGUCGGCAUUGCUUUAAGUCUUGGCUCCAUCUACUAUAAUGUUGGCUCAAACUAUCGUGCAAUCGAGGAAAGAGGUCUAAUGGUUGCUUUCGUAGUUUCAUUUAUGACAUUUAUGACAGUUGGUGGAUUCCCUUCAUUUGUGGAGGACAUGAAGGUAUUUCAACGAGAAAAUUUGAAUGGGCACUAUGGAUGUUUUGCUUUUGUCAUAGGCAACACACUUUCUUCUAUGCCGUACGUGCUACUAGUAUCAUUGGUUCCAGGUGCCAUUGCCUAUUUCCUUGCUGGAUUUCAAAAUGGAUUUGGGCACUUUAUCUACUUUGCUUUGGUCCUCUUCACCAGUAUGAUGAUAGUCGAGAGCCUUAUGAUGAACGUUGCAGCUAUUGUGCCUAACUUCCUCAUGGGCAUUGUAACCGGGGCAGGAAUACAAGGACUACAGAUACUAAGUGGUGGUUUUUUUCAAUUACCUAGUGAGUUGCCUAAAGCAAUUUGGAAAUACCCACUGUACUACAUGUCCUUCCACAAGUAUGCUUACCAAGGUAUGUUUAAGAAUGAAUUUGAAGGACUAAAGUUUACAGAUGAUAUGUUCGGAAACAAUCAUAUAAUGAGUGGAGAAGACGUCUUGAGAGUUAGAUGGCAAGCAGAAAUGGGACAUUCAAAGUGGGUAGACCUGGUCAUUCUGGUAGGUACAUUAAUUUUGUAUCGUCUGGUAUUCUUCCUUAUUAUCAAGACAAAAGAAAAGGUUGUGCAUGCAAGAAAGGCAUCCACAUCAAUUCUGUCAAAUCGAAGUACACAAAUCAUGGCUAAGUCGUUACCUCCCUCACCUCUCCAUGGACUCACUUUACCUCAAGACAUUCCCACCAACAAUAGAUGAAUUAGUAGUUAGUUCUUCACGAUUUAACACUAUGU